AUGCACGAUGGCUAUGACGUUUUUCGCUUCAUCAUAGAAUCCAAUAACAAGACCAUUGAGCAUUUCUCUGAGGAAGACUUUCAAGAGAUCCUAAUGGAAACGUUUGACCUAAACAAUCAAGAUGCCGGGCCAUGUCAUCGUCGAAAAAGACUUCUCCUUGUCCUAGAUGGCUUGCAAAAUGCUCAAGACGCAGAGUCUUUUCUACGUGGGUUUAAUCGGUUUGGUCCAGGGAGCUUACUCAUAAUAACCUCAAGUGAAAGAGAAGUUCUUGAGAAGUGCCAUCUCAAUGAGAUUUAUGAACUUAAAGGUCUCAAUGAUGAAGAUGCCUUGAAGCUAUUCAUAAGGUGUGCCUUUGGGAAAGAUGUUAUAGACGAAGAGCUUCGGAAACUUUCGGUGAGUGAGAUUGAACGUUGUGAUGGAAAUCCGUCUACUAUUCGCUCACAUGCCGCGAAGAUGAAGAGCAGGAUGGAAACAAUAGACAUGGAGUCAGCUUUGGCCAGGUUUUGGCACAUAUCUUCUUUAUGUUUUCAGGAAACUAUGAAUACUUUCUCUAUAACUCCGAAGCAGUCUUUCUUUAUCACUGACGCGUACAACUAUCAAUGGGAUCUUGAGAAUUUAUCGGGAUUCGACUUAGCCAGCAGCUUGGAGAUUAGGUUGAGUGACCUAAGGGGUCACUGCUUGACUUAUGACUCUAGGCAAAAGUUUUUCUUUUCUACCAUCUCAUCAACCUAUCUAUCCGAUUUUAAGGAUCUCUCGCUACUCAACUUUCCUAGCCCUGCCAUUGAGUCUAUGCCUAUAGACCUAAAGAUUCUCCAAUUACGUCAAGAAAUCUUACUUGUUUGUCAAGUUAACAAACCUUGGGAAGGAUAUAAGAGCUUCUCGAUAUUUAAAAUAAUCAAGCUUGGCCAAUCGAAGAAACUAGUUGAACUUGAAGACAUUUCUGAAGCACGUGACCUUGAGAGAACCGAUAUUCAAGAUUGCACAAGCAUGAAGAGCAUAACAAUAGUAACUGAUCACCUAGAGCCUCUCCAAGUUCUAAAUAUGUCUAGUUGCAUUGAAAGCCAGAUUCUUCAGUGGGGACUCCAAACAGAUCCCCUGUGCCUUCUCUACAAUUCAGCAAACGAGACAAAAUCUCAUUUCUACUUUGAUUGCACCUUCUGUAGGUCGAUUUGGACCGCAAUAAGCAGUAGGAUACAUCUCUCCCCUCUACAGAUAUGGGAGGAUGUAUUCUCUGCCAUGGUUAACCUCAAAGAAUCCAAAUCUAAGGAACUCCUAUCCCGAAUGGCUUGGCACUCAACUAUCUACGGUCUCUUGUUUGAGAGAAACAGUCGGCUUUACAGACAGAGUUACAGAUCAGGGGAUGCAAUACUGGCGCAAAUCGACAGAGAGUUCAGAAGCCAAGUUUCACGUUUGAGAAAGAGACACCCUAAAAUAGCUUCUAAAAUCCUUGGACUCUGGCUCGGAACUUCUUCAUCUCACUGAUGCCUGCCAUGCAUUCGACCACAAGUAGCGACAGACUCAUUUCU